UCAAAUCUCUGACAAGAGGAUACCUAAGUUUCAAUUUCUUGCUUAGUUUCUAUUACUGCGGUUUCGUUUUUUAGUAGUGCCUAAUCCCAUCUAUGUGUACAGUCAAAAUAGACACGCCCAGGAUCACAAAAACGAGAGUAGCCAAAGCAGUUGUUUCUGCAGCACAAACCCACAUCUGCAUUUGGUCCAGGAAGCGGGGUGUUAAACUCUGCUUUUCAGAUUAGAUACUAAUCUAUGGGAAUUUUGGAGGCCAAGCCAACAUAAACUCAUUGCUGUGCUCCUCGAACCAUUCCUGAACCAUUUCUGUGGCAGAGCACAUUAUACUGCUGAAAGAGGCAACAGCCUUGAGAAAACUCCUGUUCCUAUGAAAGAGUGAACAUGGUCUACAAAAAUGCUUAGGUAGGUGUAUAUUGGUGCCAGGUGUUCCCCAGGUAAGUGACAUGCCCACCCAUACACGUGGUGUAAAAGAAAAUGUGAUUUAUUAGACCAGGUCAUCUUCUUCCAUUAAUCCAUGGUUAGUUCUGAUGCUUACAUGCACAUUGUUGGCACUUUCUCUGUGGUGAACAGGAGUCAGUAUGGGCACUGUGAAAUGCACUUCACACACGUACACACCCACACAGUUCUUUAAUGCCAGAUGCCACGUUUAUUUUUAGUUUUCAUUUGUUGUGACAAGCUGUAGUCUGGACAGCUCCGGUCUCAGCUGAUCCCAGCUUCCCCUCCGCUCCUCUCUCCUCUCACUAAAAAGGGGAAGGAAACUGUCAUCAGCCCAAACGCCAUGAGCUGUUCUUACCUGCCUCUCCAGCACCGCCCCGUUGAGCUCACUGCACCACUCCUCCCCUGCAGCCGCGCCCGGGACCACACCUCCGCCACUGGCACCCUGACAGGUCUGUGGCUAUGUAGCUUCAUAUGCAACAAACUGAAGCACUGUGUAUUCUGACAUCCUUCUAUCAGAAAUAGCGUGAACUUUUUAGCAAUCUUACCUACAGUAGUUUGUCUAUUCGUCUUGCCAAAUGGACCAGCCUUCACUGCCAACAUGUACUGGUGAGCCUUGGCCACCCAUUACCCUGACCCGUUAUGCCUGAUCUGUGUAUAUCAACAAAACUGAUUUUUGAAUAAAUGUAAUUUUCAAACAUUUUAUUUUCAAAACUGAGAGCAUGCUGACUUUAUCGCCAGCAGAAAUACUGAAAGAGGGAUGAUCAACUAUACUGGUGUUCUAUAGUCUUGUGAAUGUGAAACAAUCAAAAAUGGAAAGCAGCAGCUCAGAAAUUGAGUGGCGUGAGCUUCCAUAUGACAGCUGGACAGAAUCUCAUGUUAGUUCCUGGCUGAAAUCCAUUGGAAUAAAAGAAUUGUACAUAGGAAAAAUGAUGGAGGAGGAAGUGACAGGACCAGUUCUCACAACUGUAGACCGGGAUUUCCUCAACAAAACAAUUGGAAUGAAAAGUGGCCAAAUUGAACACCUACUGAAAAAACGAGAUGAACUUUUAAUACCGGAACAGCAGAAAAUAAAAAAGACAAGCGAUUCAUCUGGCAAGAGUAGAGAUGGCAAAAAGGAAGCUGUUAAAGAUGUAGAACAAGAACCAAAGCUUUCAUCACAAGAACUAUGUGACGGAGCAAAGGAUAAAAAUAUUCCUACAGAGAGCAAUGAUAACAUAUCCACUACAGAAGUGGUUUCCUGUGACUAUCGUAAAUUUGACCAGGAUGAAAAGGACUUCAGGUACGUGAAACAUCAUGUCCUGCCUCCUGAGACAGGGACUGAAAACAUGAUGGUUCCAUGCCAUGAAUAUAAGUCGCUUGAGAUUGCAUACAAACUAGACUCAAAGAGGUUACAAGUAAAAGUAGCCAGUGAAGUACUAAGAUUUGCAUGCGCAUGCAUGAAUAUGAGAGCAAAUGGGACAAUUCACUUUGGCAUCAUGGAUAAAGUCAGAGGAACUCACAAGCAUGGAGAAAUCAUUGGGAUACCUGCAAACAAUCGAGAAGACUUUGUGGAUGCAUUAGACUACAUUGAAAGGUGCUUCAAAGGGUCAAAUCAACAAAGUGAUGCCAGGAGUUGUAUAAGGCACCCGCGAUUCAUUGAGGUGCUUGACAAGGAAAGUAGUGGGAACACAUGGGUCAUUGAAUAUGACAUUGUCCCAAAAGCAAACAUUGUAAGAGAUAAGCUUUACUAUGUUGGUGUUCCUAAAUUCUCUGAAAAAGACAACAAAGUCAAAUGUGAAGAGAAAAUUCCCUAUUACAGAGUUGGAGCAAACACACCACGUGUACCUGAAGACGACCUUGUUCCUUUCAUUCAAGGACUGAGAGAAAAAGACCAACAGAGAGAGGAGGCAGAAUCUACAAGCAAUGAAACAACUCUGGACUUUGGCGAGGAUCAAAAGAGGAAACUUUCUAUCCUCCUAACAUGUGGGAAAAAGCACAUGGACAACUCUCUGUUUUACAUUGUUGUAACAAACAAAUUUCAACCAGCACAUCUUGACAACAUAAGCUUCUUAGUUCACAUGAAUUUAUUCUGUGUGUUUGACUUUGACCCAGAUUCAAAGACAUCUGGUCUUUGUGGAAGAUACAAGGAACAGAAGGUGACAAACCUCCACUUUCUUGAUGAUUAUGCAAAUGACAAUAAAUUGGGAAAUACUAACAUCAUAAAUUCUUUGCAACUUUUCGAGAGAACAAGUUGGAUUUUUUGCAAUGGAAGAAACAACUUCCCAGGUGGAGAACAACCCUGUGAUGAGAAAACUUGGAUCAAAACAAGAAAAAGGAAACUGAAAAAAGUAGUGUCACUCAUCUGCAAUGAGAUACUUCCCAGAGGGUCAUUUGUUGUCCUCUUCCUGCUCAUGUCUGAAACUGAACAGCCACUUGUUGAAAAUUUUCACGAAUUCUACGCAGAGAUGAGUGGACAUGAAUUUCUGACAGUCUUAUCAGAGUCAAAGGAAAUCUAUAAGAAGUGGUCAAGUCUUGCCCAGGUGUCUUGCCCGAUUUCUGAUCUCAAAGAAAUCAGCAUUGUUGAAAUGCCACUGAGUCAUGUGGAUGCCACAGUUCAAAGCAUUCAACUAUCAAAGAAUCAACCCAGAAGGACAUUACCAGUCCCAAAUGGAGGCUUGUGCUUCAUAAAGUCUGUUGAAGAGUCUAUGCUAGAUUCUUUGGAAAUCAUCAGUGUUGACCAGUGUGAUGAUACAAAACUAGAGAUCAUGAAUGAGGAGAAAAUGGAACAAACUGAGAGCUACUUCUAUCGAGGUGGAAAGAUCAACUGGAUCAACUUCUGGCUUGCUGAUAAACAUAAGUGUGGUAUGAUAAUAGAGAGGGAUGCCUACAAGGAAGCAAAUACCUUACUAGACAACAUAGUAUAUCGUAAUAAAGCCAAACGCCCCAUAGAGAGUGUGAACAUAUACCAUCAUCCUGGCAGUGGUGGAAGUACAGUGGCACGGCAGAUCCUCUGGAGGUGGAGGACUAAAGUGCGAUGUGCAGUUGUUAAACAGGGUAAGGAAAUCACAACUGUGUGUGAACAUGCAAUGAAACUGAGGGAACAUGAUGAGACAGACAAAAGCAAAUGUCUCCCAGUGCUCCUCCUAUUAGAGGACUACAAUAAGGAUUAUAUUGACGAUCUCAGGCGUCAACUUGGAAAUGUCAUUGCAACCAAAAAGAUAAGUCCCUCUGUGUUGUGUUUUAUCUUGCUCAUCUGCAGCAGGUCAAACGAUCCAGAAAGAAUGUGUAGAGCAUUACCAUCUCAAACAAUAGCAGUCACUCACAAGCUGUCUGCAGACGAGAAGCCUCAGUUCUCAAAAAAGCUUGAGCAACUCAAACUGCAGUUUGAACCUGACUUCAUCCUCACAUUUGUACUGAUGAGUGAAGGGUACCAGCCAAGCUACAUUGAGGACUUUGUAAAAAAUCUUCUAGAUAAAAUCGAUCAUUCAACACCAAUAACUCGUCUCAUCAGAUUUGUGGCUCUCCUGAACUGCUAUGUCGAUGAUUCGUAUAUAUCUGUAUCACACUGUGAGACAUCUCUCGGCAUUACUACCCAUUUUGACAAAGCUCAGUACCAUGCCUUUGUGGAUCAUCUAAGUGAUGAAGCCAGGCUCAUUUUCAUCCACCUUAACCAAAGUUCAACACACAUCCCAUCAAUACGAAUUAUUCAUCAACUGGUGGCAAAAGAAAUUCUGAGUCAGCUGUCUGCUAAUUUGCCUCAGAGUGAUAUUGCCAUGGAUCUCAUCAGUGAUAAGGUACUGAUCAAUCACAGGUUUGACAGAGAUGAGUUUCUGAGGUUUAUCAGAGCUCUUUUCAUUAGACGCAACAAGAAGAGCAGAGGAGAUCCUAAAGACACAACUUUUUCACCACUUAUUGAGCAUGUCUGUGAUGUUGAUAAAGGGGGUGUUCAGAAAGCUGUUGAUCUCAUGAAAGCUGCUUACAUAGCUUUGGGAAAAGAUGCAUGUGUGGCACAACAGCUUGCUCGGCUGCUUUACACUAAUAAUAGAUUUGAAGAGGCUCUUGAAUGUGCCGAGGAAGCAAAAUCUCUUGUUCCAUAUGAUACAUUUAUCCUUGACACAGUGGGACAAGUUUAUAAGUGGUGGUUUUAUCACUUGUAUGAUACCCUUGAAGAAAAAGAGCCAUCUCCUGAAGGGUGCAUUGAAAUCAUAAGCACAGCACUCAAAGGAAUUUCUGCCUUUCGGGCUUCUGAAAAAACACCUAUAUAUGAUACUGUCAGCUUUAACAAUUCAUACUAUGGGGAAGUAGAUGUUGGUUGCAGGCUCCUAAAAUUCCUGUCAGGAGUAGACGUUUUUUCAAACGCUACUGGAAAAUCAGAGCUGAUGCAGUACCUGCUAACAGACUACAUACCAGCAGAGGUUAAAACACCCUGGCAGAAGUUUCAUCAACAGUUGAAAGGCUUACAGAGGAGCUUGAGCCAAGCACUUGAGUGCAUUUCUGAGGAUCUUAGCUAUUUUCAAACUGAUAUUAGUGAAGAUGAUGAAGAGCUUGAUGCAAGAGAUCCAGAGCAAGUGUACAAUCCUAGAGAGUGGUUGACAAGGAAGAGUGCUGUAUAUGCUGGAUUUUUUUGUCUUGCACCAGAUGAGAGUGGUCAAGUAGCUGAAAGCAAUGACACUGACAUGGUUGGUCCAGUUGAAAAGCUUUCUCCAUUCCAAAGACAGAUGAGGGCCUACAAUCUUGGUGGAGGAAAUGUUACAUCUAUCCUCUCACUAUUUUAUGACAAGAAUGCAGAGAGGGCAGGAAAAAAACUUGAGACAAUCUUUAGCCUGUACCCAGAAAAUCUGAUGUGGAAUGAUCUUGAUCCAACAGAACUCACAAACUUCAUCUUUUGUCAGAUAGCUCUCAACUGUAUUCUACCUGGUUCCUCAAAGCUUCUGUCUCUUCAAAAGCUACAAGAAUUCAGCAAGAGGUUUGUGACAACGGGGAAACAGAUGUCAUCAGCAAGCGCUCUCUUCCUUCUCUCCCUUCUGUUUUGGCCUGAGACAAGUGAUGAAGUCAGUUCUGAUGGUGCUGAGAUUCUUUUCUCUGCCAUUGAUGCCCUUCAGAGACUUUGUGAGCAAAAGAUCCAGCACAGGUCUCAGCGGAAAAGCAGGAUUGUGACACACUUCUUUUUGGCAAAGGCAAGAGGUCUUAACAAGAUUGUUCACAGAGGUGCUAUUGAAAAGGAGAUUAAAGGCCCUCUAAGUGAAAGAAAACUAAAAUGGCUGGGAGGAGAAGUAUGGAAAACAAAACAAGUUGUGCAACUUCUCAAACGGGUUGAAGGGUGGACAGAAAAUGAAACCUUGUUUGUGAGAUGUGGAAGCGGAGGCAAGAUCAGAGUAGUUCCUCGGUAUAGUGCCUCCCUGCCUCACGGAAACGAAAAAGUCAACUUCUACUUGGGCUUUUCAUUUGAUGGUGUAGUUGCCUGUGACAUCCAAGUGAUGGACUAA